AUGCCGUCGGCAACGAAGGACUCGACUAUUCUAAAGAUUGCUGUUGAAAUGUUAAAUGCACCGGACAAGGUGCCCCAGCUAAUCGAAUUUGACCAAAGUCAACCUUUAUCGAGCAUUAUACAACUGCUGUGCAAGCCAUGGGGUCUGCCUGAUCCUGAUAACUACGCCCUACAGUUUUCGGAAAGCAAUAAUCAAAACUAUAUCACGGAGAAAAAUCGGAAUGAGAUUAAGAACGGUUCAGUGCUGCGACUAGAGCAGUCCCCAGCGAAGACAGUCCAAGAUAUACUCGCCAAAAUUAAUUCUGGUAAUGAAAACGAUCAAACUGCAGCACUGUCAAAAUUGUCCACAUUAAGUAGUGACCUGACAUUUGCACUAGAAUUUAUCAAUAAAAAAGGUUUAUCUCUCAUCAUUCACAAUAUAGAAAGCGGAAAGUUUAAAGGUAACUCUUUAAAGUUUGCCCUGAUUACAUUUGUUGAGUUGAUGGACCAUGGAAAUAUAUCGUGGGAUAUACUUGAGAACCAGUUCAUAAAUAAAGUAGCUAGCUUUGUCAGCAAUCAGACAAAUACACAAGAUCCAAAAAUAAUACAGUCAUGUUUAUCAAUACUGGAAAAUAUAGUUCUGAAUAGUUCUGGAAAAAACUUGCACGUGGAAAAGGAAAUAACAAUCCCAAGCCUGAUAUCACACCUUCAAAAUCCUUAUCAGGAUAGCAUUAUACAGCAGAAUGCUAUCGCACUUAUCAAUGCAAUAUUUUCUAAAGCAGAUGCCAACAAAAGAAAAGCUAUUGCAGCAACAUUGUCGUCAAAGCAAGUUAGAAAUGUUAUCUAUGAAAAUCUUAUUGGAGCUUGUGAAUUCUCAAAAAACGUUACAAAAGAAGCUUUGGGCACAGAAUUGGCACAUCAAUUGUAUGUCUUGCAAACAUUGACUUUAGGCCUUCUAGAGCCCAAAAUGAGGCAAAGGGCAGAGUCUCAGGAACAGGAAUCCCAAGAAAAGAUCAAAGAGCUAAGAAAAAUUGCAUUUGACAAUGACAAUAACUCACUUGAAGUAACCACAAGACACCAGUUAAAUAAUUCAAUGAAAGAUUAUAAAAAACUUGGCUUCAAAUGUGAGAUUGAUCCAAUAAAAGAUUUCAACGAGGUACCACCAGGCAUCUUAGCAUUGGAGUGUAUGCUUUAUUUUGCAAGAAACUAUUCAGAGGAUUAUCGUAAAAUUGUACUGGAGAACAGCAGAGCAGUGGAGCAUGAAUGUCCAUUUGGAAAAACAAGCAUAGAGCUAGUAAAGCUAUUGUGUGACAUCUUACACAUUGGUGAACCUCCUAGCGAGCAAGGUCAAACUUACCAUCCACUCUUUUUCACACAUGAUCAUCCAUUUGAAGAACUGUUUUGCAUCUGUAUUGCACUCCUAAACAAAACAUGGAAAGAGAUGCGGGCAACAUCAGAGGACUUUAUGAAAGUUUUGAGUGUGGUAAGGGAACAAAUCAAUAGGGCCCUGUCUGCAUCACCUAAAGGUUUUGACAAAUUCCGCCAAAGAAUAAACCAACUGACAUAUGCCGAAAUCACCCAAAUUUGGCAGCAGGAGCGCACUAAUAGGGAGGUAUGGGAGUCCCAUGCAAGGCCCAUAGUGGAGUUGAAAGAAAAAAUCACACCUGAGAUUAUAGAAUUGAUACAGCAGCAACGAUUAGGUGUCCUAGUUGGCGGUACAAGGUUCAAGAAAUAUUCUUCAAGAGGACAAAGAAUAAAGGACAAGUUUUGGUUUGUCCGACUUUCACCAAACCAUAAAGUGUUGCACUAUGGUGACUGCGAUGAGAAGAGCACUCCUAGUUUAGAAGAACUUGGCAAUAAGCUAGCUGUGUCUGACAUUAAGUGUGUAGUAACAGGUAAAGAUUGUCCACACAUGAAGGAUCUAAGGGGUAGGAAGGUCACUCCUCAUUUGGCAUUCUCUUUAAUACUUAAGUCAGCUGAGGAAACUUUAGAUUUUGUAGCACCUGAUGAACAAAUAUUUGACUAUUGGACGGAUGGAAUUAAUGCGUUGCUUAAGGAGAAAAUGUCAAGUAGAUCUUUUGAAAAUGACUUGGAGACUUUAUUAUCUAUGGAUAUUAAGGUGAGACUCCUCGAUGCCGAAGGUAUUGAUAUACCACAAGAUCCUCCUCAAAUACCGGAAGAGCCAGAUGAUUAUGACUUUUAUUAUGACAAUAAU